AUGGAGAAGGGAAACCAAACCAGUGUCUCAGAAUUCCUCCUCCUGGGACUGUUUGACCAGGCAGAGCAGCGUCAGCUCCUUUUUGUGCUGUUCCUCUGGAUGUACCUGCUCGGGGUCCUGGGGAGCCUGCUCAUCAUCCUGGUCAUCAGCUCCAACCCGCACCUGCACACUCCCAUGUACUUCUUCCUCACCAACCUCUCCCUGGCCGAUGUCUGCCUACUAUCCACCAUAGUCCCCAAGAUGUUGGUCAGCAUCCAGACCCAGGAUAAAUCCAUAUCUUAUGUGGGAUGCUUAACACAAAUAUAUUUUUUUGCCUUGUUAGUAGGUCUGGACCAUUUCCUCCUCACUGGGAUGGCUUAUGACCGCUACUUGGCUAUAUGCCACCCCCUCCACUACACCACCAUCAUGAGCCCACGGCUCUGUGCCCUGGUGGUUGCUGGGUCCUGGAUUGUCAGUUCUCUCCAUGCCCUGACACACACCCUGUUGGUGGUUCGCUUAUCUUUCUGUUCCAAUCAUGAAAUCCUUCACUUCUUCUGUGAACUUUACCAGGUCCUAAGGCUUUCCUGUUCGAACAUCUUCAUCAAUGAAGUUGUGAUGUUUGGCUCCGCAGUAGGGCUGGGCAUAAUUCCCCUCACCGGGCUUCUGUUCUCUUACACACGUAUUGUCUCUACCAUAUUGUCAGUCCCGUCUGCCAAGGGAAGGUAUAAAGCUUUCAGCACCUGUGGCUCUCACCUGUCGGUGGUCUCCUUAUUCUACAGCACCUCUCUUGGGACCUAUCUCUGCCCCACAUCUAAUCAAACAUCCCAGCUGGGCUCGAUAGCAUCCGUGAUGUACACUGUGGUCACCCCCAUGCUGAACCCCUUCAUCUACAGCCUGAGGAACAAGGACAUGAAAGGGGCCCUGAAAAAACUUGUCAGUAGGAAACUUAUAUUCACCUAA